AUGUCCUCGCCCAAACAGACCAGAUGCUGGGUAUUGGCCAGCAGACCCACUGGCAACGUUGUCCUCGAUGGCGAGAACCCAACGUUCACUCUCCAAACAAGAAGCCUCCCUGCGUUGGUUGACAACCAGGUCCUUGUGAAAACCAUCUACCUCUCCAACGAUCCCGCUCAGAGAUGGUGGAUCAAUGACGAACUACCCCGGAAUCUCCAGCAUCUCAAGCCAGUCAAAGUGGGUGACGUGAUGGGUGCACGCGGGAUCGCAGAGGUCGUCGAAUCGACCUCUUCCAAGUUCAAAAAGGGCGACCAGGUCAUUCACCUCGCCCAACUGGGCUGGGUAGAAUACGCAGUUCUUGGAGACGACGAGGUUGCGCCGAUCGAUCCGUUACCUCGGGGUCUCAGUGAUGCCCAUUACCUGGGCGCUUUUGGGGCAAACGGCCUGACAGCAUACUACGGACUCAUCGUGCAGUGCGAGCCGAAGCAAUCCGACACGAUUGUUGUCUCGGGAGCCGCAGGGGCUACGGGCAGCAUCGUCGUGCAAAUCGCCAAGCAUCUCGUGGGCGCUCAAAAUGUCAUUGGAAUUGCGGGAAGCGACGACAAGUGCCGCUGGGUUGAGCAGCUGGGGGCUGAUAUCUGCCUCAACUACAAAUCCCCGUCUUUUGCAAAGGACCUGGAGAAGGCCACCGGGGCGCGUGCCAACAUCUACUUUGACAAUGUAGGAGGCGAGAUUCUCAACCAGAUGCUUCCAUUGAUGGCCGCCCAUGGCCGCAUUGCGGUGUGCGGUGCGAUUUCCAGCUACAAUGGCCAGGAUGCUCUUUCUCUUCCCAAUUGGUUCUACGUCAUCUUCUCGAGAAUCCGUAUCGAGGGAUUCACGGUUGCAGAUUACCGGAGUAAGGCUGGAGAAGUGAGGAAGAUCCUCGCGCAAGCCGUGGAAGAUGGAAAAUUGCAGAUCGACGAGGGGAGUCACACGGUGGUCAAGGCAGCGUUUGAGGCUAUUCCACGGGUGUGGGUGAGGCUUUUCGAGGGAGCGAACAAGGGAAAGCUUAUCACUGCAUUGUAG